AGCCGUUUUCAGCGUCUCUGGUUCCGCCAUUUUAACUUCCUGCUUUAAACGAACGGGAGCGGUGCUCACGGUGUUCGUAGUUGAAACGCCGUGGCUUUUAUCUUACUAUAAGGGUUUAUUGUUUGUUUUAUUUUCCUCACAGGACCCAAAAGAACCACUAGUUUUUAGUUUCUGACCGCUGGUGUUAGUUAGUCUCAGCCGGAGAGUCGCAAUGCCGAGCCAGCCGCUGCGUGUAGCGGUUGUUUGCUCGAGCAACCAGAACCGCAGUAUGGAAGCGCACAAUAUCCUCAGCAAACGUGGAUUUGAUGUGCGAUCAUUUGGGACUGGGUCUCAUGUGAAGCUACCUGGUCCAUCCCCGGAUAAACCUAAUGUGUAUGACUUCAAAACAACUUAUGAACAGAUGUACAACGACUUGGUCCGAAAGGACAAGGAACUAUAUACACAGAAUGGGAUCUUACACAUGCUGGACCGCAACAAGCGCAUCAAAGCAAAACCAGAGCGCUUUCAGUUGUGCAAGGAUAAAUUCGACCUGGUCAUAACCUGUGAAGAGAGAGUCUAUGACCAAGUGCUGGAGGAUUUGAAUUCAAGAGAGCAGGAGACGUUACAACCAGUUCAUGUAAUCAAUGUAGACAUUCAGGACAACCACGAGGAGGCCACGCUGGGAGCCUUCCUCAUCUGCGAGUUGUGUCAGUGUAUCCAGCACACGGACGACAUGGAGAACGAAAUCGACGAGCUCCUGCAGGAGUUUGAGGACAAGAGCAACAGGCCUUUUCUCCACACCGUCUGCUUCUAUUGAUACAUGAAACAAGUUUGCAAUAAACACACACCCAGACCCCAAGCAAUCAGUCGAUAGAAUAAGGAGAAGCAGGCUGCGUAUUCUGCUGAUGAUUGGUGCACAGGAGCUCAACGCUUUGGGUCAAGACCUAAAGAUUGAGAGCUACUGGAAGUAAUGGUUAUGAUGGGUUGUUCCUCUCUGCAGAGGUCGGACUCGCUGCUCUCAUUAUGCCUUUAUUCCUCUAGAUCAGGGUUCGGCCGCAGUCCUCCCCUGACCCAAAAUAAAAUCACUCGACCACAUCUCCUCAGGGAGAGCCAUGACCCGCAGCUCCCCUACGACCCGCUCUCAUUUUUCUCUUCUUUGUUGUUGAGUACAGCACAUUUACAGCUCAUUUGUUUAAUUUUAAAUUGCAUUUUUGUUUAAUAUGAGAAUUUUAAUUUUGGUAUGAGACCGUGUACAUGUGUUUACACAGGAGAAACGUUGAUUGAACUGUAUAUGUUGUUUGUGCACCGUGUGUUGUAGAUAAUCUGAAUUAAGUUAAAGAGGGUGGGCUAGUGAUGAAUAACCAAACAAAGACAUCUCAGAGGUGCUCCUGCGGUGGGUUUCAUUAUAAUGUGCUGAUUUAUAUUUAAACUCUGAAAUGCUGUCUUUCAGGGCAUAGUAUUUUUUUUGUAAAUGUUUAAGAAUUGAAGCAAUGUAAUUAUUUUCAAACUGCAAGUUCAACUCUUGAGUGCCUGAUUUUUCUGUAUGUACAUAUGAAUCUACUAAAGGAGACAUGCAAGAUGUUUUA